AUGGUCGUUAGUUUAGCCACCUUGAAGAUUUCUGAUAAUAUAGCAAUACAACUAAGAAUAUUUGUUAAUAGGAAACAAAUACUUCAAAACAAUGAUAAAGUUACAACAUUGUUCGAGGCACCAUUACUUUCCAACAACUCCAUCGUUUCUUUAAAGUCUCUUAACACCGGCAUAUAUCUUUCUAAUACAGAUAUGAAUAGUCUGUGUGAUGAGAUUAAAGAGGAAAUUCGUCUUAUUCUCUAUGAUUUGGUAUCACCGAACAUAUCCAAAACCGUUUUACAAAAAAUAAGGAUUGGCCAAAAGAUAGAUUUCCAGACUAAAGUUUUGCAACCUAUAAGGGAUAGCUUAGACCCAACUUCAGACAGCUUCAUAAAAUCUGGUAUACUCUCAAUUAGUCGGGUAUCAAGGUUUAAGUAUAUGCUUCAUUAUGAGUCUAAAUGGAAGUUGGAUAUAUUUGUGGAAAACAUAGCAAAACUAGCAAGUAUACGGCAGUUGUUAAUCUUUAAAUAUUCUUUAGCUAUGAAUGUUCCCCAUAAGAGGCGUAUGCUUAUAAUGGAAAGGUUUAGUUCUCCGCCAAAUAGAGCAAUAGUUGCCGAUAACAGUGAUGAUGACGUUGAUUUGGGAAUUGAAGAAAGUACCGAGGACGUUAAACCUGAAAUUAAGUUUAGGUAUAAACCAGUCAGGAAUUUAGGUCCAAUCUUAGACAUACAUAUUUUAGAACGUCCAAGACGACACAAUUGA